AUGUCGUUACCGCCUUGCCACAUUUUGUGCCAAUCAGAUCCUCACACACAGCGAAAUGUUUUGGACACAUUGUUUGAGCCGUGUGACACGUUGGCAGACAUUUUAAUUCCAACGGUGUUUGGACGUUCUUUCUCCACAUACAGCCAAUUGAUCGAGGCAUGCAGAGAUCAACUGAAUAAACUCUAUCUCGAAUAUGUUAAUGACCGGAGUCUAAAGCUGACUAUUGAUGCCAUAGUCUCUGCACACCCAAGACUGGGUCCGCCAAAGGACGCGAAUGCCAAACUCUCCUCACAUUCAUCUUCAGAACAGGCUCAACUCAAUGCAGACCCUGAGCUUGCACAGAAACUAGUGGAACUUAAUGACAGCUACGAAGCUACCUUCCCGGGACUCCGAUUUGUCGUGUUUGUGAACGGAAGGUCAAGAGACGAGAUAAUGAAAAUUAUGAACGAACGCAUCGCAAGAAACGAUAUGGACGCCGAAAUCAAAGAGGCCUUUGACGCGAUGUGCGAUAUAGCUCUCGACAGGGCGAAAAAAAACCAAUCUAAGUUAUAA